AGAGUACAAAAGUACAAAGUACACAAGGCCUUUUGACCAUUCUACGCAAUCAUGUUCAGACACGGCCUCACAAAGCAGUCUGUUCGUCAAGCAUCCAGGCAAUUCGCCAGGAACGAAUCUUCUUCAGCCACGCAAAAGGCCUCCGAGGCCGCUGGUCAAGCGUCCGCAAAGGCAACCGAGACGGCUCAAGCAGCAAAGCAAAAGGCAAGUGAAGCCGCUGGUGCUGCUCAGGAAAAGGCAUCACAGGCAGCAGCCAAGGCUGGUGCGGUUCUGUCAUCUGCUGGUGCGCGUGUGUCUGGUGCCACCCGCGGCUUGAUGGGCUUGCAGGAACCUGUUGUCUAUUACGCAAAAGUCGUAGGUCAGCUUGCUAAGCAGGUGUACCUCAAGGAAGGUAUGGCGCCGCCUAGCAUGGCUCAAUUUGAGCAAGUUGCCAAGAAUAUCGUGUCCAACGGAACGUCACCCAAGGGUCUUUCAUCGCUCGUCGGACAACUUCGGGGCCUCAAGACUGGUGAGAUGAUUAAGCUCGGUGCUGAUGGUCUCGUCAUCUACGGCUUCUUCUGCAUCGGAGAGAUGAUUGGUCGUCGCAACUUGGUUGGCUACGAUGUCUAGAGAGGAGUGUGUGCUUGUGCAGCACUCGAUUAGAGAGAGAGAAACAUAAAAAUGCAUCAUCAAAAGUGUGCUUUUGUCUUUGGUUGUGUCUAUGUACCGCAUCAGUCAUCC